UUAUGUCUGAAGAGAGGGAACUUAAGCGACAGAAAGUUGAUGAAGACGAGCUGGACCAAGAAACAAAAAUCCUGCAGGAUAUAACGAAACUAGACACUAGAAAUGGUCUAAUAGAGGUUCUGGAGGUACCUACUACGAAGUACGAUCCUAGCAAGCCUAAUGACUUUGAGUUUAUAUUAGCUCAAAGAAGGAGAAAGAAGAAGGAUCUUGAGAAAGAUCUUAAACAAGCAAGACAAAUCAAACAAAUGAAGAUAGAAGAAGAGCGUAGGCAGAAACAAGCUGAAAAGGUCAAUCUUGAUGUCAGUGGAGAGGAAGCUUUCCUCAUGAGAGCUAAUAAAACUACCAAGAAACUUACCGGAAAGCAGAAAGCACAACAAAUGAUGGCUAAUAUGGGCUGGGGAGGUAAAGGACUUGGUAUUGAUGAGCAAGGAAUCACUGCUCCUCUUAUACAUCAGAAAAUCUCAAAAAGUACUGGAAAAAUUGUUAAAGGAAGAGAGCUCAAAAAGAAAUAAAUUGGUUCAAUAUUUGUGAAGAAAA